GCGGCGGAUGCAGUAAUUCCUGGCCGCCGGUUGCGCUCGUUAUGGUGGCGGCGUUUUUUCUCCAUGGAGUGGAAACUGGCGCAGUUCCGAGCUGCUCGCCGCGCUACCGCCGACCCUCCUCCCGCAAAGCCACCUUCAAAGGCCGCGGCUCUAGUGCCCGAAAAGGCCCAGGCCCAGAGUGAGGAAUCCAGUCAAAGACUAUACAGGCCCAAGGACCAAGUGUUUUCAUCCCCUCCACCAUGGUGGACCCAUUACUUUUUUAUGAACCUGACCUUUCUGAAGUUUCUUCUCUGGCUGGUCUUACUGGGACUGUUUGUGGAACUGGAAUUUGGUUUGCCUUAUUUUGUCCUGUCUAUGUUUUAUUGGAUCUAUGUAGGAACCCGUGGCCCUGGAGAAAGACAGAAUGGAGAAAAAAGUGCUUACUCUGUAUUUAACCCAGGUUGUGAAGCUAUACAAGGAACACUCACAGCAGAACAACUUGAGAGAGAAUUACAGUAUCGGCCUUUAGCUGAGAGGUAAUUGGUAUAUCAACUCUUGCCUGUAACUAUUGCGAAUAUGUCUUUUUCACUUGAAUUAAACGGAAACCAUUUUCUGUGGCAAAAAAGAGGGACUUAUGAAUAUGUAAAGGUUGAAUCAGAAACAAAUUUUUUAGACUGAUUUUAUUGGAUUUUCUUGUGGUGAACUAAACUUAUUACUUAUAUUUUGGAUGAAUGGUUGGUUUUUAUAUGUAGUGUUUGCCAUGGACCAUUUGAGGUAUCCCCACGGUAGUGUAAAACCUAACUUUAUUUUGGUGCAAUUAUCUUUUCAACAGCUAAGCAUAUCUAGUAGAGGAUCCUAGAAAUGAUGUGAAAUCUAUCAUUUGGUAAAUUAUUUAAUGGCAAAAGGACAGGGGGAACGGUCCCAAACUCCAAGGCAAAAGGCACACUAAGGACACGCCAAAAGACUGCUGCUGCAAUCCAAAGCUUUAUUCACAAGUGCUGAGGGUCAAAUCAAGAAGACGGGAGCGCCCACACUCUCCGGCUGCUUCCGGCGGGAGAUUGGCAACGGGUUUGCCUGGCUAAAUUGUCCCGUUUCACAAGGCUCACAGCUUCAUCAAAAGCCACAAAUAAAUUCUUAGUGUAAAGCGUAUUUCUUUUACUGAAAAAUAACCUGCUAGACAAGAAUCAAGUUUCUUCUUAGGUUUAGUUGAACAGAAUUUCCUCUCUUGUCUCUUAUUUAAUGGGACAAAAUGAUAGUUCUUGUAAAACUCGAUGUAUUCCUGUAUCAUGGUAAAGCAGCCUAAGUGAGUUUGAUGUACUUUCAGAAAAUGGAGGCUAGCAUUCUUAGAUCCUGUUGAUUUGCAUGGGCUAAACAUGUGCUUAGCUCUUCCACUGAAGUGAGAGGGAUGCAAGUGCCUUGUUUUCUAUUUCUUCUGUUCCUACCACCAAGACUUUUGAGGAACUGCAUAUUUAUUGUUGAAGGCUUUCACGGCCGGAGAACGAUGGUUGUUGUGGGUUUCCCGGGCUGUAUUGCCGUGGUCUUGUCAUUGUAGUUCCUGAUGU